AUGGCCGGCAACGUGAAAAAAAGCUCUGGGGCUGGGGGUGGCGGCGGCGGCGGCGGCGGCGGCGCCGGGGGCUCCGGGGGCUCCGGGGGCUCGGGCUCUGGCGGCCUGAUCGGGCUCAUGAAGGACGCCUUCCAGCCGCAUCACCACCACCACCACCACCACCACCACCACCACCAUCACCUCAGCCCCCACCCGCCGGGGACCGUGGACAAGAAGAUGGUGGAGAAGUGCUGGAAGCUCAUGGACAAGGUGGUGCGGUUGUGUCAGAACCCAAAGCUGGCGCUAAAGAAUAGCCCACCUUAUAUCUUAGACCUGCUGCCAGAUACCUACCAGCAUCUUCGCACUAUCUUGUCAAGAUAUGAGGGGAAGAUGGAGACACUUGGAGAAAAUGAGUAUUUUAGGGUGUUCAUGGAGAAUUUGAUGAAGAAAACUAAGCAGACCAUAAGCCUCUUCAAGGAGGGGAAAGAAAGAAUGUAUGAGGAAAAUUCUCAGCCUAGGCGAAACCUUACCAAACUGUCCCUGAUCUUCAGCCACAUGCUGGCAGAACUGAAAGGAAUCUUUCCAAGUGGACUCUUUCAAGGAGACACAUUUCGAAUUACUAAAGCAGAUGCUGCAGAAUUUUGGAGGAAAGCUUUUGGGGAAAAGACAAUAGUCCCUUGGAAGAGCUUCCGACAGGCCCUUCAUGAAGUACAUCCCAUCAGUUCUGGGCUGGAGGCCAUGGCUCUGAAAUCCACAAUUGAUCUGACCUGCAAUGAUUAUAUUUCAGUUUUUGAAUUUGACAUCUUUACACGACUCUUUCAGCCCUGGUCCUCUUUGCUCAGGAACUGGAAUAGUCUUGCUGUAACUCACCCUGGUUACAUGGCCUUCCUGACAUAUGAUGAAGUAAAAGCUCGGCUCCAGAAAUUCAUUCACAAACCUGGCAGUUACAUUUUCCGGCUGAGCUGUACUCGCCUGGGUCAGUGGGCUAUUGGGUAUGUCACUGCUGAUGGGAACAUUCUCCAGACAAUCCCUCACAAUAAACCUCUCUUCCAAGCACUGAUUGAUGGCUUCAGGGAAGGCUUCUAUUUGUUUCCUGAUGGACGGAAUCAGAAUCCUGACCUUACAGGCUUAUGUGAACCAACUCCCCAAGACCACAUCAAAGUGACCCAGGAACAGUAUGAAUUAUACUGCGAGAUGGGCUCCACAUUCCAACUGUGUAAAAUAUGUGCUGAAAAUGAUAAGGAUGUAAAGAUUGAGCCCUGUGGGCACCUCAUGUGCACGUCCUGUCUUACAUCCUGGCAGGAAUCAGAAGGCCAGGGCUGUCCCUUUUGCCGAUGUGAAAUUAAAGGUACUGAGCCCAUUGUGGUAGAUCCAUUUGAUCCUAGAGGAAGUGGCAGCCUAUUGAGGCAAGGAGCAGAGGGAGCUCCUUCCCCAAAUUAUGAUGAUGAUGAUGAUGAACGAGCUGAUGAUUCUCUCUUUAUGAUGAAGGAAUUAGCUGGUUCCAAGGUGGAGCGGCCUCCUUCUCCAUUCUCCGUGGCCCCACAAGCUUCCCUUCCCCCAGUGCCACCACGACUUGACCUUCUGCAACAACGAGUGUCUAACACUUCAAGUGCUUCUGGUGUUGGAACUGCUUCUAAGGCUGUGUCUGGCUCCCUUCAUAAGGACAAGCCAUUACCAGUACCUCCUACGCUUAGAGACCUUCCACCACCACCCCCUCCAGACCGGCCUUAUUCUGUUGGAGCUGAAACCCGGCCUCAGAGACGGCCCUUGCCUUGUACACCAGGCGACUGUCCAUCCAGGGACAAAUUACCUCCUGUCCCAUCUGGCCGCUUUGGGGAGUCAUGGCUUCCUAGGCCAAUCCCCAGAGUACCAGUAGUUACCCCAAACCUUAGUGAUCCUUGGACAGGGAGAGAAUUAACGAACCGGCACUCACUUCCAUUUUCAUUACCCUCACAAAUGGAACCCAGAACAGAUGUGCCUAGGCUCGGAAGCACAUUCAGUCUGGAUACUUCCAUGAAUAUGAAUAGCAGCCCAUUAGCAGGUCCAGAUUGUGAGCACCCCAAAAUCAAACCUUCUGCAUCUGCCAAUGCCAUUUAUUCUCUGGCUGCCAGACCUCUUCCUGUGCCAAAGUUGCCACCUGGAGAGCAGUGUGAAAGUGAGGAAGAGACAGAGUAUAUGACUCCCACUUCUAGACCUCUAGGGCUUCAAAAGCCAGAGGUGAAAUGGCCUUUGGAGACACGCCAGAAUUUACGAGCGUGUGAUUGUGACCAGCAGAUUGAUAGCUGCACAUAUGAAGCAAUGUAUAACAUUCAGUCCCAAGUGGUGCCACCUGUCACGGAGAGCAGCACCUUUGGUGAAGGUAAUUUGGCUGCAGGCCAUGCUGGCAUUGGCCUGGAAGAAUCAGAAAAUGAAGAUGAUGGGUAUGAUGUCCCUAAGCCACCUGUGCCAGCAGUGCUGGCCCGCCGAACUCUCUCAGAUAUCUCUAAUGCCAGCUCCUCCUUUGGCUGGCUGUCUCUGGAAGCUGAUCCCACAAACUUCACAGAGGGUUCCCAAGUCCCUGAGAGGCCUCCCAAGCCAUUCCCUCGGAGAAUCAACUCUGAACGAAAAGCGGGCAGCUCUCAGCAAGGUGGUGCUGCUGCUUCUGCAGCCACCACCUCACCACAGCUCUCCAGUGAGAUUGAGAACCUCAUGAGUCAGGGAUACUCCUAUCAGGACAUUCAGAAAGCUUUGGUCAUUGCCCACAACAAUAUUGAAAUGGCCAAGAAUAUCCUCCGGGAAUUCGUUUCUAUUUCUUCUCCUGCCCAUGUAGCCACCUAGCACAUCAUCUUCCUGCUGCAGCUUUAGAGGACCAAUGAACUGGGAGCUCUUACUUGAGAAGCUCCUAAAGGACAGAGAGGUUUUUUUGGAGACUUCACAACGGAAUUUAGCCCUGUCUGUGGGAUAUCACAUCUUUGGUUCUAAGAUUGCAAAGCAGUGGGAUGAAAAUGGAUCAGCUGUGGUGUUAUAUUAUUUUAUUUGUUUUGGGAGUACAUUUGAAGGUGUCCUUCAGUUCCCAAUUAGAGAGAGUGGAUUUUUUUUUUUUUUAAUGAUAGCCUACCUGGGGAACAGUACAGAAAGCAGUAAGAGGAGUAUUGUGCUAUAAAUCUUAAUUGAGGACUUGAGACUUUCCUGGGUUUAAGAAUGUGGUUGUGCACAUGUGUCUGUCUGUGGUUGUAUGUGUCCUGUGAUGAUAAGAUUAAUCUGCUGUUUGUGUUAAUCCCAGGCAGGGAAAAUUAGCACAAGAGGUUUAGGAAGGAAUCUUACUAAAACUUCCAGACACUGUGGUAUUAUACCCAACCCUGGUGUGUAUUACAAUUUCAACACUCCCCUGUGUCUUGGAUUAUCAUAUGCACAAAGUCUUGUAAUUUUAGAAUACCUCCCCUCUAUCCUUCCCCUGUUUCCUUUUUCCUCCUCCUCCUUAGUGUCUCUUGUUGGCAGUUAACUUGCUAUGGUCAGCCCUACUGAAGCCAAGCGAUGUAUAGGAUGUUCUUUAUUGUGUAUGAUGGUGUUCAUUUGUUUGAUAGGUGGGGUAAAAAGGUUCUGUUGCUGUAUGAUUCUAGUCAUGUUUGAUACUAGCAGCUAGCCCUAGUCACUCCAAAGCACUGUUUCUAUAGGAACAUUGAAUCGGUUAAAAUAAGAUGUUUUAAUUAUCCUAACUAGAUAAUGAGUAAUUUGAGAUAGAGGCCUUCAAAUACAUUCCAUGUUCUCACCAGAAAAUAGUCUGAGAGAGUCAGUUGCCUUGGUACCAGAUACAUAUGUGUCUGAUGUAAGUAAAAGUGUUUCUACUUAAUGGGAAGGGAAGAACAUUGGUUUCCAGCAUGGCUCUUGACCUUGUUAUCCAUAAAGUGCACAAAAUAGACAGUAAGGAUUUAUAUGUUCAUUUUUGAUUCCCAAUUAAUUCCAGUUUAUAUGAGUGUCUCCGUUUGAAUAUGAGCCAGGUUAUAUUUUCUGAAGUGAUUUUCUUUCUAUGCCGUUUAGGAAUGGGGUACUGUCCAUGGUAGCUUGGCAUUUUACUACCCAAAAAUUUGAUUUUCACUUGUGCCUAUGGCUUUGGGAAUGUAGUACCUCCUUUCCCUUUCCUCUUCUCCUUAGGUUCUGUAUACACUUUAAUGACUGUGUUCCCAAAGUAAUUAGACAUCAUUUAGUGUAAUAAAUGACUUUACUGUAGUCAGGGACAAUAUGUGAAUGGCCAGGCAGUUUGUGUAGUUGCAGUUUCCUAAAGCAGAUUCAGAAUCCAGUGUGGAGCACCAUUUGUUUUUAUAAAUACUACCAAUGACACCUUGAGUUCAGGUCAUUCUCUACCUAGUCUUUUGCUGACUUCCCUAGCACGAUGUAACCUUCUUCCUUAUCAGAAGCAAGCCUGCUUUGUUAUUAAUUUAUCCUCUUUGGACUCUAAAUCAUGCUUUUGUCUUUAGAUCUGAACAGAAAUGACUCACUCUCCUUAGAUCUCUUUCCCAUCUUGCCAUCUUUAUAAGUAAAACUUUCUCCAACUCCUCUCUUGGCUUUUAGCUGUUCAUAUAUCUUUUGGUUUUAUUCCCUUAUCUCAGAGCCAUUUAUAUUCUCAUGGUAGAAAUACAGGACUUGCUCACUUGCCGUGGUUGCCCAGUGUCUCCUCUGCGUGGUGGAGAACAACAUAGCCCACUGCUGGGUGUAGGAGGCCCUCAACUGGAGUAGAGGCCAGAGGAAAGUGGCAGCGGCUAGGAAACAGUAACUUGGCUUUUUCUAAAAGCCAGACUAGUGUUUCAUUUGUGGUAACAUUUAUUUUUGUGUUUUGUUGAGCUAUUGAAGGCCUAGACGGAAAACUAAGAACAUGACAGCAGGUUUCAUGCCUAACCAUACAGGGAUUUAUUUCCUUGUCUGUAGAUAUUACCCGUAAUCUAAAGAUCUAUCAAGAUACCAAAGCCCUGGUUCUGUAGAGCCUUUGCUCUUCAAAGAGCAUCCAAAGUCUUUUUUUCAGAUUAUGUCCUUGCUUAUGUAGGCUAAGGACAAGUUUAUCCUUUCUUUUCCCAGUGGAGUAUUUGUGUUGCUUUUUGGGUCCUUCCUGAACUGGGGUGCCAGAUCCUUGUGUUGAACACGUACACCAUUGAUCGGAGUAUUAGCUUGUCAGUUUUGUAUCUGGAGGUAUUCACAGUUUUAGACCGUUCUGUGUUUUUCUCUUUGGGUGCUCUGAGGGUACAUCCAGGUCCGUGCCUGAGAUUGCCAGGCAAGCCUCAGGAAAAUUUUCAUAUGGCUCCUGUUUUGAGGAUAUUCCUCAGAUAUCUUAAAUUUUCCUUUGAUGAAGGCCCUAAUAACUUGUUCCUCGAACUCCAUUUUUAUGGCACUUUUUAAUUCUUUGGCUCUGCUCUGAAUUCAAUUAAAAUUGUUCUUUCACAAGUAGACUUUUGAGUUUUGCCAUCCUGGAAAACUCAUCCCUUUUUCCCCUCCUAUUUACAAUUGAUUCCUCCUCUGUUAACUAUCAGGUAUAUAAGGUAAAACAACUUUGAUAUUUUCCUUUUUCUUAAAUGCAUUAGGCUAUUCUGUUCAACCCAACCUCCUGCUGUCCUGGGUUGCUUUAAAUAGCCUCCCACAUUAACUGGGCGUCUCCUCUGCAGGACUUGCAGUGAUCUGCCCAUCCCAUCUCCCACUAAUAUGUAGUGCUCUCAAAGUGGAAAAAACUGUGGACUCUAUGCUCUACCUCCCUUUAGGUAAAUAAUAGAUUGGGCAAUUUAUCUUCUCGCAUUUAUCUAUUACUCUAUGUAAAUAGUGGAUCGUCAUUCUCUCCCAUGGCCGUCUCUUUCCUCAGCCCCAUUCUAAAUGUUCUGCCCUUCUUCUGAUUGCUCUCUUCUUUUAUAGACUUUCAACACCAGGGCCCAGGAUUUAUCAUUUUGCUGUUUUAUGGAUUUAAAAAAAACACCUUGGAGGGGAUGUUGCUAUUCUUCAUACUUGAAGUAUUUAUUUCUUAUAUAGAAAAGUAAAGUAUAUUUUAUGAACCAAACAGCAAACAUACAAAUGAAUUUUUGUAAAUUGCUUGCAGAGUAGGAAUCCAGCUGUAUAUUCCCUUUAAGGCACUAUUAACAAGAUGUAGACCUUUUUUUUCUUUUUUAUUGAAGUACAAUUGACAUGUUAUAUUAGUUCCAGGUAUACAGUAUUUUGAUUCAACAUUUAUAUACACUGCAAAAUGAUCACCAUAGUAAGUUCUUAAGUUUAGUAAGUAUUCAUCACCAUACAAAGUUACAAAAAUAUUUUUUCUUUGUGAUGAGAACUUUUUAAGAUUUACUCUCUUGGCAACAUUCACAUAUGCACUAAAGAUCUACACCUUUUUGUGGUUGAUAGCAAUGGUGUUAAUGCAGAAUCUUCUCCUACCUCACAUCAUGAAAGUCAAAGGGUUAUAGACCUUCUUCCCAAGUGUUUGGAAGUCCCCCUUCUUACUGUGUUCUUCCUGGUUCUGUCCAUGGAAUAACAGUAUUCUGACCAUUGACCUGGCUGUUUUUCAGUUCGUUCAUUCAGCAAAAGUUAUGAGUGAUUUACCAUUUGCUGGAAGUGUCAGCUCUGUGUUCUCUCCACCACCAUGUGGUGAUUUACUGACGUCGGGGGAUUGUACUUGGCUGCCCAGCACUUGUAUUUUGGACCUAAAGUAGCCCUUCACAGUAAGACUGUAGUUUUUAUUCACGGCACUUACAUUUCCUUUCAGAGCUCUCCUGGGUAAAGGAUCUGUGUGGUGAGUUGAGGGGUAUGUUGGCUGAGAAUGGCACAAUAAAGCAAUUAAAUGUUUAAGCAAAGUAUCUGCCCGCAGUUCCCUUUCCAAUCUAGUGCCUUCCUUCAUCUGUUUUACCUGGGCCACUUGUGUCCUUGAUCUCCUUUGUUGGGAAGUUUCCUUAUUAGCCUUCUGUGACCUGUCACCAUCUCCCAUUCUGUUUGGAACUUGUUCUCCAAUCCUUCAUCAGGCUUUGCAGCUAAUCCUAUGUUUUAGAAUGGCUGAGGGUGUGGGAAAUGGAUGGGCACUUGUCUUUGGGUCCUGAUUUUCAACCAGUUGUUUGGUCUCCCUACAGUUAGGCAGUAAAAUAGACUGAACUCAGUCACUUCUCAAAUAUGUCAGCCUUCCCCUGGCUGGGUGGCUUAGUUAGUUGGAAUGUCAUCCUCUGCACCAAAAAGUUGCCAGUUCACUUCCCAGUCAGGGCACAUACCUAGAUUGUGGGUUUGAUCCCCGGUCGGGUCACAUAUGGGAUGCAACCAAUCAAUGUUUCUCGCAUUUCUCUUUCCUCUCUAAAAUCAAAUGUACCCUAGAGUGAGAAUUUUUUUAAAAAUGUCAGCUUUUGUCUCUUGAGGUAGGGAACUUAGAGACCUCAUAUAUCCUAGAACUUAGUACUAAAAUCAAUACAUCAUUAUCCUCCUAGACUUUCAGGCUGCAUAGUGCUUAGUGGAAGAAGAUCAAGGUUGUAACUUUGACUACCCUGUUUGGGAAUACUUUAGAUGCAAGAAACAAGUACUGAAGCUAAAGAAAGGAGGGAGUCAUAAGGUUGCAGGGUAUUUCACAGAACCCAAGACAAGAAAUACACUUGACUCUUGCAUGGAACUGGAACACUAUGCACCUAGUCCUUUUGCUUGUCACAGUGUUUAUUGGCAUGCAUAGGUCCAGAAUAGACACCCCCAAUCCUCAAGUCCACAACUCUAGAGAUCACCAUGAACCAGAUUCCAGUGCCUCUUUGUUCAUAUUCUCAAGAAAGAAUAUGAUCACCCUAGCACAUUGAUUGAGUAUCUACCCCCUCAACCAGUCAGCCUUGCCACACAGGGUGACAGCAGCAUGCUCCUUCGGGGGACAGGUGGAGGUUCUCGGAGAAGUGGGUAUAGAUGGGAGAGAUACCCUAAAAAUACUUCAGCAGUGAACUGCUAUCCUACUACUAUUUUGAGAAUGAAAAGGCAGCUGAGGGACUGCGUCUUGGACAUCAAGGAAAUUCUUACGUUUAAAUUAAUUCACGUUGCUGUCAUCUUUGUUCAUUUACUAUUUUUCUUCUUUUUAUAGUCUUGGUUUCUUUUUGUGAGUCAAGAUUUCUUACCUGCCUCUUUAGGACCCAAGUUUCUCCUGUUUGGAGCUAGUCUGUUUUAGGGUGACAUUUCUUAGCCCUCAUUCCAUCGCAGGUUUUUUUAGCCUUCUUUCAUGUCAUUUAGAGAGCAGAUCCCAAAUCCCACUGUAGUCACCCAUGGUCUUCUGGCUGUCUUCAGGUUUUGGCAUUGACAGUAGAUUCAUUCUGUGGCCUGUGUCCCUCCGUACCCUUCUCCUCACCCUUCCAUUUGGUCUUUCCUAUAUGAGGAGAGCUUCUCAGUAAUAUUCUUAGGGAGCCUCCCUAGGUACCUCAGAAACUGCUUUGUUGCAGCCAGUAAGAAUAUGUAGUAGUCAGGAGAGUUGUCAGGAUAUAAUAAUAUUAUUCCACUGGUUCCAGCUCAGGAUGGAGUGGGUUUUUUUUGUUUUUGUUUUUAAAUGGAGAACUCUUUAGACAGGAUACCUUCACCUUCCCUGUCCAAUUGCUUUCUUUGUAGUCCUUUAUUAAAACCUUUAUUUUUAUUUUUGAAACUAUGCUUCUGCUUGCCUGAAUCUUUGAUCUUAUUUAUCUCAUCCUGUACCCUGUCCUGUGUUAUUAAGGCUUUUUAUAACUAGAACUUUUAAAAACUAUUUGGAGUUGUUAAAUAUACAUAGAAGUAACCUAAUAAUCCAAAGGUGUACACUGAGGCACAUGGUGCAGGGUGGGUUAUCAGACUUUACCUUUGAUAUUCUAGUCUAGGUUCUGUCUUCAGUGUACUAGAAACUUGGGUUGGUUUCAGAGAGGAGUACCACGUUCCUUGGUUCUGGAAAACUGCACAGAGUAAGAGGUGGGGAAUUAGGGGUGCAUAGGUGCUACGUGGAAGCUCAUUCAUAGUCCCAUGGGAAACACUGCCCCUCUUCUUGUGUAGUGCUUGAGAAGAAUGUGGCUUACCACUCCUGUUUGUGCAGUGUAAAGGCCGAAGGCCACCCUCUAAUCUGCUGAUUUGGCAGCUGAACAAAUCAGAGUUCUAAUCGCCCAGCCCCAUACUCUUGACUCAGUCUCAAAAAUUAAUGUGGGAGGCACCUUCCACAUUGCCUCACAAGUUCUACCCCUGAACUAGAUUGGGAGGCCAGAGGAGGCUCGCUCAACACAUGCUCUGUGCACCUUCUCAGGCCUUGCAUUGGGCUGUACUGUGGUCAGUUCUGUCCCUCCUCCUCGCCUCUGACCCUGUUAUGAUGGGCAAGAAUAGCUAUCUGGAAACUGAAGAGGGAGAGAGCUACUUGUGAGUCUGUAAACCACGUCUUUUCUCUUCCUUGGCCUCUUUCGCUGUCUGGGUAAGCCUGCAGGAGCAAUGCCCAUGAAAGUAGAUGCCUCUUGACCUACCCAUCUCAGCAUUGUUGUAGUGUCUUGGCCUUAACCUGCUGAAACAUGUGGUUGGGCCAUGGCAGCUAUCAAGUACCUCUUAUAUCUGCUUUCUGGCUGUGGUGACUUGGGAUUUUUAACCUUAUAUGAGUAUAUCUUUUUCUUUUAUUCAAAACAAAAACAAUUUUUAGCACACUGAAAAAAAAAAAGCCAAACAUUUUGUGCCUUUCUAAGGCAGUGCUGUAUCCCAGGCUGCAUUUUAAACUUAAUAUGGAAAUACUGGAGUCAACUCUCCUCUACCUUGAGUGUCACUGAUUCCCUAGUCUUAGGGAAAAAGAAGAAGUACUCUGUGUGGCUGGAGAUGACACACAGGUGCAUUGUGUCAGUGGUCCCUUUUCCUUGCUGUGAUGCUUAGUUGGAAGAAACAAUCAUUGUACCCUGGGAUCAUUUGGUUGCUUCCCAUCGGAGUCUUAGUUAUCAGGUUGAAUGCUGUCUUCAUCCAGCAAGAAGAGACACAAUGUCCCGUGAUUUCCAGGUCUACUCUGGACCAUUUCAAGUGUCCCAGCCUCCUGAUCCUAUUCAUGACCCAGCUGCACGGAAGUGUCAGAUAGACUCUCUUAAGAAGGGGAGGUGGUUUUUGUCUUGUCUUUUUGGUGGAUCCUGAACUGGCCUAGACCUCCUGCCUCUCCCUUUCUUUUGAAGACUUCAGACUGAAAGCAUGAAGCAGCUAGUGCCCUCCGUGGGGUCUAGCUUCCCCUGGGAAAGGCAGAGAGAACCACGUAACAGAAUCCUGUCACCAGUAUUGUGGUCACUAGGUCUCAGCGGGGGCAGAGGUGGGAAAUGCUUUCUAUAUAAUAGCAUUUUACUUCUUUCCCUUUUCUCAGUUCUUCCCUGCCUUUAACUAAUAAAUAAUUUGGAGAUAGAAACAAUUCUUCUUAAAGUCUUUUUUUGGGGGGAUUUAACAUUCUGGGGCUGGAGGGAGCUUGAUGCUAACUCCAGAAUAAAGAGUCUCAAUUUGUAUAUCAGUGUUAAAAAUUAAACAUGGAAACUUAGAUUUUUGUUGGCUAUUUUAAAAAUGUGUCAUUAAUAUAAAAAUUUUAUGUUAGUAUUUAAUCAUUCUCACAUGUAAAGAAUAAGACAGAAGGUAAAUAUUCUUACAGAGAAUAGCAGAGCUUUAAGAUUCAUUUUCAUUUUAAGUCCACUUUGUUUUGCCAAUGUAUUAAUGUGUA